UCCGUGCGGCCUGGUCCGGGCCAUGUCCGCGUGAGCAGGACACCGCCGCCGCGGCCCGCCGAGCCGCCUCGCGCACCAUGGGCUCCAUUCUGAGCCGCCGCAUCGCGGGGGUGGAGGACAUCGACAUCCAGGCCAACUCGGCCUACCGCUACCCCCCGAAGUCCGGAAACUACUUUGCCUCACACUUCUUCAUGGGAGGUGAGAAAUUUGACACCCCCCACCCUGAAGGCUACCUUUUUGGAGAGAACAUGGAUUUGAACUUCCUGGGCAGCCGCCCAGUCCAGUUCCCCUACGUCACUCCUGCCCCCCAUGAGCCGGUGAAGACGCUGAGGAGCCUGGUGAACAUACGCAAAGACUCCCUCCGGCUUGUGAGGUACAAAGACGACGCCGACAGCCCCGCUGAGGACGGUGAGAAGCCCCGCGUGCUGUACAGCCUGGAGUUCACCUUUGAUGCCGACGCCCGUGUGGCCAUCACCAUCUACUGCCAGGCCGUGGAGGAGUUCCUGAAUGGCAUGGCAGUGUACAACCCCAAGAGCCCUCUUCUGCAGUCCGAGACCGUCCAUUACAAGAGAGGCGUGAGCCAGCACUUCUCUCUGCCUUCCUUCAAGAUCGACUUCUCCGAGUGGAAGGAUGAUGAGUUGAACUUUGACCUGGACCGGGGCAUGUUUCCAGUGGUCAUUCAGGCCGUGGUGGACGAAGGAGAUGUGGUAGAAGUGACUGGCCAUGCCCACGUGCUCCUGGCUGCCUUUGAAAAGCACAUGGAUGGCAGCUUCUCCGUGAAGCCUUUGAAGCAGAAGCAAAUCGUGGACCGUGUCAGCUACCUGCUGCAGGAGAUCUAUGGCAUUGAGAACAAGAACAACCAGGAGACCAAGCCCGCAGAUGACGAGAACAGUGACAACAGCAACGAGUGUGUGGUGUGCCUGUCGGACCUGCGGGACACACUGAUCCUGCCCUGCCGCCACCUGUGCCUCUGCACCUCCUGUGCUGACACGCUGCGGUACCAGGCCAACAACUGUCCCAUCUGCCGGCUGCCGUUCCGGGCCCUCCUGCAGAUCCGGGCUGUGCGUAAGAAGCCAGGGGCCCUGUCCCCUAUCUCCUUCAGUCCUGUCCUGGCCCAGAGCAUGGACCACGAUGAGCACUCGUGUCCCUUUAAAAAAUCAAAGUCGCACCCUGCCUCCCUGGCCAGCAAGAACCCUAAAAGGGAAACAAGCUCGGACAGCAUCCCAUCUGGCUACGAGCCCAUCUCCCUGCUCGAGGCACUCAAUGGCCUUCGUGCUGUGUCCCCGGCCAUCCCUUCAGCCCCACUUUAUGAAGAAAUCACCUACUCGGGGGUUUCAGACGGCCUCUCUCAGGCCAGCUGUCCUCUUGCUGGGAUCGAGCGAGUCAUGGAGAGCAGCCACCAGGGCAAGCCCAGGAGCAAGUCUCCAGACAGCACCCUGAGGUCUCCGACAUCCCCAAUCCACGAGGAGGAUGAGGAGAAGCUCUCCGAGGACUCGGAUGCUCCUCUCCCGCCCCCUGUGGUGGAGCUGGCGCUGCAGGAGAGCUCCCCCGAGAGCUUCACAGCAGAAGAGGUGGAUGCAUCCUCGCUGAAGCAAGGGAGCCGGGUGCCUUCCAUCGAGGACGUCCUGCAGGACAGCAGUCCUGAGCACCAUGGCUGCAGCCAGCCAGGCCCUCCUGCUGACAUCUACCUGCCAGGAUGGUCCACGUCCUUGGAGACACCCUGCAGCCUCGGCACCACUGGCCCCCCCUGGCCUCCGCUUGGUGGCUCCAGUCCUGACCCUGGGGCCACUGACCUGACCCCACUCUGAGAGUUAGGCCAAACUGACAGCAUGGAACCCUCAGCCCCUCAGACUUGGCCAAGGGGCUGCCCUGGACCCCAGUGUGAUUCCAGUCUCUGCUGUCGGCAUGACUCGUGGCCACCAGGCUCUCAGGGGCCAUGGUGACCCUCGAUCAAAGAGCACAGUGACCUGUCCACUCUUCAAACCCUCUUUUUCUAUGGUCGAUAUGUUUGUAAAUGGUACAAGAUGAAGGACAGUGACUUUCUACCUGGGCACUGGCCCUGGGAGUUCCCCAGAUGCCGGGGUCAGGGUCCCUGAGAACUUAGCAGACCAGCAGAAGAGGACGGAUCGUGAAGUCCAGCUUCACAGACGUUCUGGGGGAGCAGAGCCUGUCUGCUCACUCGCGCGUGGCCCCAUAGCAGCCUGGUUCUCAGUGCCACCUUUGCCCACUGGUGGUCACUGUGGCCGUGAGUGGCCCCCCUGCUCUGGGCCCUCUGGCACUGAGUGCCUGCCCCAGCGUGCAGCCCUUCCCCUGGCAGCCAGGGCGGCCGUGGGCAAGGCAAGGGCUGGCCUAGCCGUGGGGUAGUGGCCUGGUCACCAUGCCCUGUGCCUUCUCACAGGUCCCAGCUUUGCUCCCAUCAGAUGUCUCCAAGUGGGGGCCUUCCUGCUCAGCCAGUGCACUGCCCGCUCACCUUCCCGGGGGGUGGGGACCUGAGCUGCUCCCUUGGCUGUCCAUCACCAUUUAAAUAUUCCUCUGCAUCUGCGAGACUUGCGUAGUGGGCUCUGGGAAAGGAGGGCAUGGAGGCCCAGCCGGGGCCCUGUGCUGGCAAGGCAGCUGGCAGCAGAGAUGGGUGCCUGGUGCUGGUGCCCAGAGCAGAGCUGCCAGCGGGACCUGGAGCCGGUGCUGUUGCUGCCUGCCUGGCCCAGGGAGGUGGAGGGGUCCCUGCCCAGAGAGCCGCCCUGCUCCUGUCCCCUGAGGGAGGGAUGGCCGUGGGGUGGCACAGAGCCUGCUCUGAGGCUCAGGGGUGCUCGAGCCAGGGCAGUGCCCCACAGGGCACCUUGGGGAGCAACCUAGCAGUGGCUGGUUCAGUCUGUCCAGCGAGCCUGUGAGCAGAGCACCAUCAAUCCUGCUCUCUCCUGCCUGCUGUUUGCUCACAUGUGCACACAGGUGAGCACACGCACGCAGGUGAGCGCAUGCACACGUACCCCUCCUCUCACCCACCAGCGUCCUGGUCUCUGGCUGUUGAUAUUGGUGCCAGUUAUUUGAAGGAUGGGAUGCACACUGGCCCAUCUUGGCCUCAGUGUGCUAUUAUUUGAUGUACUCUGAUUGGCUAGUUUUUUGUUCGUUUUUACUGUAUAUUUAUAGUAAUAAAAUCAUGCAGCAAUA